AGAAGGAAUUACUGAUGACAGAUCCUGACACAGAUGACGAACAGCUGAUCUAUGAGAUAACAGCCGGUCCCAGAAAUGGCCACGUGGAGAACAAGCUGAAGCCGGGCACAGCUGUGACCACCUUUACACAGGAGGAUGUGAACCAGGGCCUCAUUCGGUACGUGGCGCACGAGGAGAUGGUCCAGGAGACCGCGGACAGCUUUCAGUUCCUAGUGAAGGACAGCAAACUCAACGUGGUCAGCGGCAACGUCUUCCACGUCCAGCGGUCCCUUCUCAGCUUUACUCACGGCAGCUACGAGGUCAGGGAGAGCGCCGGCUCCGUCAGCGUCGCCGUGAGGCGGGUGGGGAACCUCAACCGGUACAGCAUUGUCCUGUGCCGCACCGAGCAGGGAACGGCCACCGCUGGAGCCGCAUCACGGCCCGGGGAGCAGGACUACGUGGAGUAUGCGGGGCAGGUGCAGUUCGAGGAGCGGGAGGACACCAAGGCCUGCCACCGUCACCAUCAACGACGACGACGUGUUCGAGGGCACGGAGAGCUUUUCCGUAGAGCUCAGCAUGCCGGCCUACGCCCUGCUGGGGAACGUCACCCGGGCCACCGUCACCGUCGCGGACCCCGAGGACGAGCCCACGCUGCAGUUUGACGGGAACGCCUUCCACGUCAGCGAGAGCGCCGGCUUGCUCUCGGCUCCCGUGCAAAGGAAAGGGGAUGCCAGCAGCACCGUGUCUGCAUCUGCUACACCGUCCCCCAAUCGGCCAAGGGCAGCAGCCUUCACGUGCUGGAAUCCGGCUCC